UAAAAGCUGCACGUAAUGGAGAAAGCAAGUCUACAAUUGAAUAUGGAUGCCCCUUUGACUCCUGACCUCAAAGCAGAGCUGAAAAGAAUCGCCGAAGCUAUUGUAGCUCCUGGUAAAGGGAUUCUUGCAGUAGAUGAAAGUGCAGGUACAAUGGGAAAACGUCUAAGUGGAAUCGGCGUUAAGAACACCGAAGAAAAUCGUCGCCAGUUCCGGCAACUUUUGUUMACGAGCGGUGCGAACAUGAAAGAUGCCAUUAGCGGUGUAAUUCUUGUUGAAGAAACCUUGUACCAGAAAGCAGACGAUGGGACUCCAUUUGUGAAAAUCCUUCGCGAUAAUGGGAUCGUUUCUGGGAUCAAGGUCGAAAAAGGAGUUGUUCCACUUGCGGGAACUUUAGAAGAAAGCACCACUGAAGGUUUGGAUGGUCUUGCUGAACGUUGUGCGCAGUACAAGAAAGAUGGCUGUGACUUUGCUAAAUGGCGCUGCGUCCUUAGAAUAAGUGACACGACACCGUCAGAAUUAGCCAUGAAGGAAAAUGCUAAUGUCCUUGCACGAUAUGCUACUAUCUGCCAACAAAAUGGUCUUGUUGCUAUCGUGGAACCCGAAGUGCUCUGUGACGGUGAGCAUACUUUGGAAAGAGCUCAAACCGUCACCGAAGCCGUUCUUUCUCACCAGUACAAGGCACUGAUUGAUCAUCACGUGUAUUUAGAGGGAACGCUUUUGAAACCCAACAUGGUCACUGCAGGACAAAGUUGCCCAACCAAGUACACCCCUGAACAAUGUGCUCAAGCAACAGUUCAAACACUGCAGAGGACUGUUCCUGUUUCUGUUCCUGGUAUAGUGUUCCUGUCAGGUGGACAAUCUGAGGAGCAAGCAUCAGAACAAUUACGUGAACAAGCAAAAGCCUGGAUGGAAGAAAAGCGUCAAAUAAGGAUGGAAUUUAAGAAACGGCUAGAAAAAGAUGACAAGGAAGCAAGGGCACAAAUGAUACAGUAUUUCAGAGAGAUAACUGAGCAGUAUGAAAUCCGCACAAUGGAGAUUUUAGCAGACAACCGACAGAAAAGGAAAAAUCAACAGAAAGCAGAAUUUCAAGCUAAAAAAGCACAAAAGGAGAUUGAGCUUGAUGAUGAAUUCAAAGCUAAAAGAGCUAAAAAAGAGAUUGAGCUUGAUGAGGAAUUUAAUGCAAAGAGAGCUCAAAAAGAGUUUGAUCUUGAUGACGAAUUCAAAGCCAAAAGAGCUCAGAAAGAGAUUGAUCUUGAUGAUGAAUUCAAAGCUAAAAGAGCUCAAAAAGAGAUUGACCUUGAUGAUGAAUUCAAAGCCAAAAGAGCUCAAAAAGAGAUUGACCUUGAUGAUGAAUUCAAAGCCAAAAGAGCUCAAAAAGAGAUUGACCUUGAUGAUGAAUUCAAAGCCAAAAGAGCUCAAAAAGAGAUUGAAUGUCCAAAAGCAGAGAAAACAAAAUUGUCUGCAUAA